CUUGCACAGGCGAGUUUCAUUCAGAAUUCAGUGUGGUAAUUCGUUAUCAGUUGACCGUCGACGAGGUUAUAAAUUUCCACAUCGGGAUGAGCACCGGCUUAGUUGCAUCUGAUAUUCGAGCCGAAGCUCUUGCUUCUUGGGAACAGAACCGGAAAGUGUGAAGUUAGCCUCCACGGAAUUAGGGGAACAGUUGCAGUGGUAACCAGUUGGUGUAGGGCUGUUGUCCCAAACGAAGUGCGAACCACCGUUCGAAAGUACAACAUACUCUCAUAAGUGAAUCUGUGAUAGAAAGGAAAGGCGAAAAGCAGUAGAGACACAAUCUGGCAGCAUGGGAGCAGGGAACACGGCGCUGCUGGUUUCAGCACUUCUAGUCAUCCACGCUGGAAAGUACUUCGUCACAGGGAAUGUUCUGUUUCGACGAUUUUUUAUUGUUUCAGCAAUUGAGAGCAAUUGUGUGCUGCCACUGAAACCGGACUGGUCCUUUUUCUCGCCCCUCAUCUUCAGCCAGGAUGGGACGCUGAUUUCGACGGAGAAUGUGAGCGACGAAACGGAAGACAUCACACUGCCGGUCGGUACCGAGGUUCUGUUGUCCUGUGCUCCCAAUUAUUUCCGUGAAUUUUCCUCCGAGAAGGUGCUGAAGGCGAAGUGCAAAAAAGACAAAACGCUGGUCGUGAAUGAUCUGGAUAAGAACUUCGUGUCGGAGCUGUCCUGCGAGGUACGCUCGAUUGAGGAGAUCAUCGUUCCCGUACGAGGUUGCCCAACGAGUGCCCGUUCGAUCGAAUACGGCUAUGCAAAUCCUGUCCACGACAAGUCAUACAUCCUGGGUGAAGCUUGUUACGAUGUGAAACGAGGUCAGACCUUGUUCGUACACACCAAGAUCAAAUCCACGAGCAACACGGUAGACGCGCUGGCCCUGAAGACCAUCAACAAUGCCAACUACUUCCGCCAGGAACAUCCCACCUCGCGGUACAAAAUCGAACUGAACAAAGCUCUGAACAUCAACGAUCAGGCCGAACGGUUCAAGGGUGUGUUCGGAAUUAAAAAUGUUCCGAAAAUUGAAGCCCGCCGUUACGUGAACGAAGAACUUCUCACGCACAAGCAGUAUCAAGCGGUGCUGAAGCUGGCCUGGAACUAUCAAAUUGUCAAAGAUCUGGACGCCCUGGACAACUUUGACAGUCUAGUGGAAGACAUCACGGAACUGGAUGCGACCGAGGUGGAAAUCUACACCGGAGCGCACGGUGUGCUGCAGCUGAAGGACAAACACGACAACAACGUGGACGUGUACCUCAAGGAGAACCGGUUCCCGGUGCCAAAGUUCCACUGGACGGUGGUCCGUUCCGAGGACAAAGCGGUCGCGUUUGCCGUGUUCAACAAGGCACAGCUGUCGGAGAAGGAACGCGAGAAGGAUUCCUUCUGUCCGAGUAUUUGCGAUCAGCUGUCGUGGAUCAGUUCGCUGAAGGAGAACGACUCCUACAGCAAUCCGGCGCUCGGAUACGUUCUGUGCUGUGAGCUGAACGAUUUUCGCAAAACGAUCAAGGAGAUGCCACCGAUUAGCGGUGUGAAGCACAUCCUGAAGUAGUCGAGCCGUUCUGCUGCCGUGUGGGCGGGGCGGAGGGCCACGGUCCUAGUACGACACUAUUUAAAAGACAUGAAACAAGAAAAGCGCUGGCAUGUGAUUUAAAUUUUUAGUUUAGUUUUUUUACUAAUUAAAUUAUGAAAACUGAACCGAUGCGUAGAUUGCUCUCUUACGAUAGGUAUAUGAAUAAAAGUACAACCGUUCCUAUUUCAA